UCGCCCCCCUGGCCGCCUCCCUGCUUCACUUAGCCUCCCACCUGUGUGCUUGGACCACGCUAUCCCUGAGUUCCUCCACCCUCCUUGAAUCCACAGGUCCCCAUCCCAGGACUGGCCAGUGACCCCCCCCAACCCCUGUUUCUAUGGGAACACCAACCAUGAGCACCUGCCUUCCCCCACAUUUUAGCCCCUAAGUUGUCCUCCCCCAAACCUCUGUGGUCAUGUUGGGCCCUGUCCUGCCAGGUUGGCCCUUCUGCUUUUAAUCCUGAACAGGCUGUGACUAUAAAAGUGUCCCUGUGCUUUCUGGAUCAAGAUGAUGAAGGAGGAGUCGACAGCAAUAGCAUUCUGAAGCUAGGAGGGGAUGGGGAGCUGUGACUGAUUUAGGGAAAGCCAAAUACUGAGUUGGCACUGGGAGAAGUGGAGGAAGGUCCCACCAGGCUUACACUGCAGAACUCCAGGAGGCUUGAAAACCAGCAGCCCCCUGGGAGGGGAGACUUCAAACAAAGAUGGCUGGGGAGAGCUACUGGAGAAGCUGUUAGAGCCCCAGCUCUCUCCUCACACAGUGGAUGUCGGUAGAGUCAUUUCUGGGGCAUCCCCACAGUCCCAAAGAAAAGACCUAAGCCCCCACAAAAAAAAGCCCAAUCUGAUGAUGUUACUGGGAAGAGGACAAGCCCCAGCCACGCACAUGCUCAGAGCUUCCCAUCAGUGUUUAAGAUCACUGCUCUUCAUCAGGAGCUGGCAGCCAGGGAUUCCUAGGCAUCCAAAGAAACCAAAAAGGCAGAUGCAAUUUAGGAUUGAAUAAGUCAUGGUUCAGCCACUUGAUGUUUGGAAGCAAAACUGAGCCCGUCCUACAGUCAGAUUUUAAAAACGAUAACACUGCCUAUGGAGAUAAUCUAAAAAUAAAAGUCACCCUUACUUGUUCUGGUCCCCAAAGUAAAUGAAAGCUUGAGCACAUCCCAUAAACCUAGACCAAAACCUGCAUCCCUCACUUUGCAAUACUGAUAUCUGAAGACAUGUCUGAGAUUCUGAGGGUAUAAAUAAUGGGACAGUCUCCUCAUCAGUAAAUGGGUGCCCACCCGAGUCUCUGUGUCCCAGCAAGUCCGCAGGGGGCUCAGCAGAGGAAGAAUGAAGGUCCCCAGCACCCUCCUCACUAGAGAAAUUCCCGGAGAUGGAGGAGGAAACCCACGGAUCAGGCCCGCCUUCCCGGCCAGACGUCGCUGCCUCCUGGGACCAUGUGGAGGCGUCUCGAACUACACUACCCAGGCAGCCACUUCCGUCCUCCCUGGCGGACAGGGCUACGCUCCGGCCGUUGCCUUGGAGAUAGCGAGAGGCGGGCGGAUGUGCUCUGACGGUUACCAAGGGGACUGCUGGACGAAGAGAAGGAAGCCUCGGGAAGAGCGUCGAGGGAGGAGCCUCGGCGGAGUACCAGCUCUGAUUGGCCGAAGGGACACGGUACUCCCCACUCCUCCCCUCGCCCGCCAAUAGGAACCGGGUCCGUUGUGCACAUGCGCAGGAUUCUAAGGUACCGUCCAUCACGGCAGUCGGUCCCUCUUGGUGGCUCCAAGAAGACUUCUGGUACAACAAUGCCAUCCCCACUGGGCCCCCCAUGCCUGCCCUCCGUGGACUCCUUGGCCACCCUGGAGGAGCCUGAGGCAGCACGCCUGCGUUUCCGGGGGUUCUGCUACCAGGAGGUGGCGGGUCCCCAAGAGGCCCUGGCCCAGCUCCGGGAGCUUUGCCGCCAGUGGCUGCAGCCAGAGGUGCGCUCCAAGGAGCAGAUGCUGGAGCUGCUGGUGCUGGAGCAGUUCCUGGGCACCCUUCCCCCUGAGAUCCAGGCCUGGGUGCGGGAACAGCGGCCAGGCAGCCCUGAGGAGGCUGCAGCCCUGGUCGAGGGCCUGCAGCAUGACCCUGGGCAGCUGCUGGACUGGAUCACAGCCCAUGUCCUGAAGCAAGGGGUGCUUCCAGCAGCACAGAAGACAGAGGAGUCUUUGGGGAGCCCCCCCACUUCAGGGACGGUGGAGGCCCUCAAAGCAGCCUCUGGCGAGGAGCCACAGGACGCCCAGAUGGAGGGAUCUGCCCAGCUCAGCUGCAGCGUGAAAGAGGAGCCUGAUGCUGAUAGGCAGGAGAUGGCACCCUCCAGUCCCCCAAAUCCAGCCCCAUCCCAUGAGGGGCGCCUUGAACACUGGGAACUGGCCUCUGCGUCCUUCCACCCACCCAGGAUUCAGGAGGAGUGGGGGCUGCUGGACCCGUCUCAGAAGGAGCUGUACUGGGACGCGAUGCUGGAGAAGUAUGGCACGGUGGUCUCCCUAGGGUUGCCGCCCCCGCGGCGGGAGGCGCCGGCCGAGUCGGAGCCGCGGGCGCUGAGUGCGGGGACCGAGGGCCCAGGAAGCCUGCGCACGGGAGACGAAAGCGAGAGCCCCCGCGAGGGUCCGGCCGGCCGCCCGGAGGCCCGGCCGCUACGGGGCCCCGCGUCUGGCGCCUGGGAGGGCCCGUCCGGGGCCGCCGCGCCCGCCCCGCUGUCGCCGGGGCCCGCUGGCCGGGGGAUGCCCCCGGCGCGCUCCGCACCCGCGGCCCCGGGGGCGCGGCCGGAGCCGGGCGGCCCGCGAAGGAAGCCCUACACGUGCGAACAGUGCGGCCGCGGCUUCGACUGGAAGUCGGUGUUUGUCAUCCACCACCGCACACACGCGGGCGCACGGGUGCCGGCCCUGGCCGGCGGGGCCUCGGAGAAGCCGCCGCAGAGUCCCCGGGAGCCGGGCGCGCCCCGCCACCCCCGGCGCGCGCCCCCGGGCCCGCGGAGCUACGCGUGCGAGGAGUGCGGGCGCAGCUUCAGCUGGAAGUCGCAGCUGGUCAUCCAUCGCAAGAGCCACGCCGGCCAGCGGCGCCACUUCUGCGGAGACUGCGGCCGCGGCUUCGACUGGAAGUCCCAGCUGGUCAUCCACAGGAAGAGCCAUCGGCCCGAGGCCCCCUGAGCCUCGCCUCAGGGGCCCGCUGCUCGGCCUCAGUCUGGGAGAUUGGACUCAAUCAGAGUUCCCGGGGGUCCCCUGCCCCUGGCUCAGUCUCCCCCAAAAAAGCCACCUGGGUGCAAAGAAAAGAAGCGCCCCGCCCCCCCUCCCAAUCUAGAGUGAGGCCUGGGUUCAAUCCACCGCUGACCAGUGGCAGCCAGGUGACUUCCAGGCUCCGAGCUCCCCACCUGUGACAUGGUGCAGGCUGACGACUCUCCCUGCCCCUGGGACCUCCCUGGCCCCUGGUGGAUGCUCAAAAACUGCCCCUUCCCACACCUGAAAGCGGCUGGGCCAAGGUCUGUGUGUGGAAGGUGCCGGAAAACCCUGGAGAGCAUGGCCUGCUUCUGUUUGCAGGCAGAUGGAAGACUAAUGGCCCUCUAUGUGCGUUUUAGAUUUUUAGCAAAUACCACUUUUAUAAUGAAG